AUGUUCAUGUUCAUGUUUGUUGAACAAGGUAGCCUAAUAAAUUCGGUGUGUAAAUGAAUUUAACCUGAUUUGUAUUCACGUUUUUGGCUUUACUUUAUAAAUUAUAUUGUCAAUGACUUUUUAUCAUUCUGCUUCAUUGUUGUGUUGUAACUCUGGCUACUAUUUUAUUCCGUUUUGGUUACAUUCUAUUGAUUGUGUUUAAUACACACACUUCUUUUAGACUUAUGUAAGUUGGGAAAUGUGCUAUGAGAGAAUUUGAAAUGGAGACUGAAGUACCCGACUUUAGUUUUUGGAUCUUUCUUGCCAGUAUUGAUUGGCGUGAUCCCUGGCUGAUAGGAUUGAUCGGAUUUCAUAUUAUCAUAACAUUGAUGGCCAUCCUGACUAGGAAUCAUGGCAAUUUUCAAGUUGUUCUUUUCUUGACACUCU